AUAUUCCUCAGCUUUGAGAAAAGGGAUAAAAUGGUAUAGAAAAAUUGCCGUGGAAUUUAUUCUAGGAUCGGCCAUGGUAAAUGCAUAUAUCCUGUUCAAAGCAGUAACUGGACAAAAAAUGACUAUAACAACAUUCAGAGAAGAAGUUGCUUCAUGCCUUCUAAAUUUCCCACAAGAACACCAGAACGAGCAAGAAGAUACGCAAGCAAAUCAAAUAAAACAUAUUUUAGAAGAUGUCAACACUUCUAAUAGGCGAAGAUGUUGCAUUUGCUACUGUAAAAUAUCAAAAGAAAAGGGAAGAACCGUGGCAGCCAAAACCACUGCACAAACUAGAUGGAAGUGCAUUCAAUGCGAUAAACACUACUGCGUGACUUGCUUCACAGAAUCUCAUGUUUGUACAAAAUAGUUGUUCUUGUUGUUUUAUGUAGCUAAUUCGUUCCUAACAUAUACUUAUGAACAAACUUUUACGUAGGCUAACUACCUCAUUUUAUUUGCGAGGCCACGGUUGUUCAACUACCAUGUUAUUAUGCGGCCGCUGUGAAUCGUCGCUGAGCUACAGAUAUAAACCUAAUAGUUUUCACGUGAAUCAAGGAUGAUUCACAUGGCUCACUGAAUUUAUAACCUAUGAGACACACUUGAUUCACGUGGC